CUUUUCCCAUCAGAUAGAUAUCUACGCCCUAUUGCUAGAUGUCAUUAUGCCAUCUGUUUCCCCAUUUCGGAUCAUCCCUAAUUUGAAAUCCAUUUCUCUUCUGCCCCGCUCCCUUCUUUCCCAAAAUCUUACCGUUGCGUUGCCCCCUCCUCCAUCCCUUUCGCCCUUCAUCCUCUGACCCAUUACAUAGUAACAUAUAAGUAGUGACUCUUCCGAAAGUAGAAACUUUUCUUUUGAGCUUGAGAGGCACGCAGAAGAGAAAAAAGUAGAUAGUCAAACAAAAAUCUUCGGUUCAUUGCGAUUAUCAUAUGAAGAACUAACUCAGUUUCUUUGGGAGCUUUGGGCAAGGCAGUACUGGUAGCCGCUUUCGGCUUAAGGGAAGGUUUACUCUUCCUUUCAAUCUAGCUCUUAUGGGUCUAGUUCAGAGUCUUCUGACGAAGUUAAAUGAAGUAAAUCAGGGGGGAGCUUUUAGAACUAUUGCUAAGGGUUGGAUAUACAUAUAUAUCUUCUGUUGCUUUCGUUUUAGACUUGUUUCUGUGUAGUUGUUUGUUUGGACUGACUUGUUUGUAAACAGUUCGCUUCUUUUUCUGCAUCAAUGGAGUUGAACGAUGACAUGGCCGCACAUGAUUCUCUUCCGCAGCGAAAAAUCGAAAAAAGAAAGUUAACCGAGCAUUCAUGUCAAGGUGUGAUCUCUGUUUUCUCUGUCUCCUGAAGUUUAGCCUUUAUAGAAGCACCAUGAUCCUUUGAUACUUAUGAUGGGGUUCUUGUGAACCUUUCAAGCCACUCUCCAAACGGGUUUGCAAAUUCACACAUGAUUACUGGAUGGAAAGAUUUUGUUUAAAUGGAAGAAGCCCAACUUCUUGAAGGUCAGCUGUUAGAGCUUUCAGAGGAUUUAAUACAUGAGAUGGGAAAGCGAUUGAUAAACUAUGCUGAUUAUGUCCGAUUCCGCUCAACUUGUAAGCCAUUGAAAUCCAUGCUACCAAAGACGCCAAACCACCAACUCAGUCAAGUCCCAUGGCUUAUGCUUCCGCGCGAAAAUGUAAGCGAAACACGUAUCAGUUUCCUAAACCCAUUAGAAAAUAAGAAGUAUAGCUUGGACAUUCCAGAAUUACACGGGAAAUUGUUUCGAGGAUCAUCACAUGGUUGGAUACUCGCUGUUUAUGGGCAUCCAGAGUUGUUUCUUAUUAAUCCAUUUACCAGGGCUCAAAUUCAGCUGCCUCCUCUAGACACAUUUCCGAAUGUUUUGAGGUACGAUCCAGAUGAUGAAGAUGAAGAAUAUUUGAUUGUUCGAGAAAGAACUCAGUCAAUAUAUUCCCAAAGUGUGGAUUACUUUCGAAAAGCUUACCUUCAUAAGGUUGUUUUGUCUUCAAGUCCUACUUCUAAGGAAUACAUUGCCAUGGCCAUCUACGGUUAUUUUACAUAUUUGGCUUUCUGCAAAAGUGGCGAUAAGAAAUGGACUCAGGUUCAACCAGUUCAGAAUUAUGAAGAUGUCAUUUCUCAUGAUGGGAAAUUUUAUGCUUUAGCUGUUGGUGGAUCGAUUUGGGUUGGUGACGCUACUUCCCUGCCGAAGAUGAUGAGAUUUGAGCCGUCCUUUCGACUGCAACUCGAAUAUAAGCGCAGUUUUGUACGUAUGACAUCCGGUGAACUUGUGAUUGUUGGUAGGCUAUUGGAAUGGAAAAGAAUAGGUUGGAAACGCUAUCUCAUAACAACUCACUGUCGCCUCUUUAAGCUAGAUCAAAGACGGUUGAAAUGGAGUAAGGUAAUAAGCAUAGGAGAUGAUGCAUUCUUUAUUGGAAGGAAUAACUCAUUGUCAAUCUCGUCGCAAAAUCUUCCUUCUGGUUGGAGCAAAAAUUGUAUUUACUUUUCCGAUGACUUCACUGAAGGCGGCCUCCACGAAGAUGGAAUUGAUAAUGGUAUGUACGACUUGAAGAACAGAAGAAUUGAGGCAAUGCCAGGAUAUGUAAGUGAUUCUGUGGCGGUAUGGCCUGGACCAAUUUGGGUGGUUCCUAACCCAUGUCCUUGAGCAUAAACAGAAGUGAUUCAAUCAUGUGAUUUCGAUUGGUUUAGACACAUGUAAUUGGAUGUACUUUGAAGAAUCACAUUGAUCUUAUUUACUUUGUGUUCCAUAUGAAAGGUAGCAAAAUUUGGUCGAA